AUGCAGACUGCCGUGGCGGUCCUCGUAUCAGGCGUGGUGGCGCUAUUCGGAGUGACGAGCGCCGUGCUGGGGUUCAUAGCCGAGGCCAAGAGGCUCAAAGUGAAACUGGUGUGGUUAAUUUGCAGGGUAGCGGCGGUGAUCGCUGUGGUUUACUUCUGGGUAGGCGCGGCGCUGAACGCGCCCAUGACGCGCCGAGCCAAAAUCGCGGGCCCCGACAAGGAGGAGUGCUACUUACUCAAGGGCGGUAUCUUCGUCAGGGCGGCCGUGCUUAGCCUCAUCACCACCUCGCUUGGGAUCAUGUCCUGUGUCUUGCUCCGCCUGCCGGCGGCUACUACGGACGUGACUGUAGAAGGCCAGCGUGCGGUCGGGCUGCCGGAGUGGCAAGCACCGAACCCGAAGUUUGCUCGCUCCUCCUCCUCCUUAGGGUCAGGCGCAUGGGCAAGUGCAGUGCAGGUGUAA